AUGGCGGAGAAUUAUCGACCAAUAACUUGCCUCAAUGGCUGCUACAAGAUUGUGAAUGCAAUCGUGGCUGAUGCCAUAUAUGACCGAAUAACAGGCACGCUUGCGUUACCGCAAGAACAAACGGCCUUAAAGCGAGGUUCGUGGGGUUGUGUCGACGCACAGCUCUACGACCUUGCUAGACAGUUGAGACUAGAAAGAGGCUGCGGAAAUGUGGAUACCGCAUGGGUCGAUUUUUCAAAGGCAUAUGACAGCUUGAACCACGAUGCGAUAUCGAGAAUCCUUAAAAGUUUGAGAUUAUCCGAAGGGAUGGAGGAAUAUGUUAGAAAGUCAAUUAAAAGCUGGAGAACGCAUAUAGAGCUUAGCACACCUAAAGGGCGUGUCAGGGGUAAAGAGUACCGUAUCUCUCGUGGAGUCUUAAAAGGCGAUAGUCUUAGCCCUACCCUUUUUGUGGUAGCAACCAGUAUAAUAACAUAUCAGUUAAAUCAAAUUCCGAAUUCGACACAUCAGUUCUGUAUGGAUGACUUGAAACUCUAUGCUAGUAAUGACGAAGGACUAGAGACUGCGAUUAAAUGCAUGCAAAAGGUCGGAAAUAAGUUGGGAUUGUCGGUGAACCUUAAGAAAUGCGCGGUGUUGAGCAAAACGAUCAAGACGGCAAUAGCCGGGAUUGAUGCGUUAGGAAAAGAGUGCUAUAAGUAUUGGGUCGUUUAG